AUGUUGUGCUACUGUCGCCGGAGAAGGGACCGUCGUGGUUCCGAAUCUGAGCACAGGGUGACCGGCGCCACGGCCUCCGGCGGCAUCGAUGCGGCGGCGGCGGCGAUCCGUUCCCUCCCAGGAGUAGAGAUGACCCUGCCGGCCUUCUCUUACGCUCCCCAGGACGUCGUCGAGCAUGGUGGCGGCAGCGCACUCGAGUGCGCGGUGUGCCUCGGCGCGGUGAAGGAAGGGGAGAUGGUGCGGCAGCUGCCGGCCUGCAUGCACGUGUACCACGUUGGGUGCAUCGACCGUUGGCUCGCCGCGCACCAGACGUGCCCGGUGUGCCGGUCGAUCGCAGCUUGA